AACUGUAUCGCGGGGAAUUUAACGUUCGCGCACUCAGCUGAGGGACGGACCAUUCGUCGCCUGUGGCCUUGCUACUCGAACACAGCGGUCGUUUCUAGGGGCCGACGAACGUGGAAUUCCGGCAGCCAGCGACCGUCGAACGAGUAGCCCGCCACAUGAAACAACAAGGCCUGUGAAGCGGCGAGCUCACCGACGUCGUUCGUGAACGAAGAGAAGCGCUCGUGAGACACUUCAAACAUGGCGAGGCGUAACGUGACCGUUGGCUACGCUGACGAGAACUCGAGGCCUUUAAAUCAGAACCCCAAGAUAACAGUGAAGGCAGGAAAAGCCUCUAUGCCAGCCGUUCCCAAAAGACAGGCACUAGGAUGUAUCCAGAUCAACCGGGUGGCUGAAAAAAAGCCGUUGGCGAAGCGAGAGUGCGGCAACCAGAAAAGCAUUGCCCUCAGAAGAUCUGCACGUCUUGAAGCAGCCGCCGUUGAGAACAGUCGGCAGACUGGCCGCUUCGAAGUCUUUGAGGAUGGUUCCUGCGAUUCUACAGGCCAGCCCUGCGCCGCACUCGCAGUUCAAGUGCCUCCAGCGAGCGAACCCAUCAGCCUCGUCAUUCCAGCAGCCUCUGAAAACUCCAUGGUGGUGCCCAUGUCGCCAGACUGUCGCACGGAAGACGAAGCACCUAGUGAAUCUCCCAUGGUCCUGGACACGUCCCUUCACACACUCGAGCCCAUGACAUACAGCGAUGUACGGGAACAAGAAUCGAGUCCUGAAUACGCGAAAGACAUAUUCGCCUACUUGAAAGAGCUAGAGGUCAGGCUUGCCUGCAAAGCAAACUACAUGAAGAAGCAGCCGGACAUAACUUCUACAAUGCGUACUAUACUUGUCGACUGGCUCGUCGAAGUAGCAGAGGAAUACCAGCUCCACAAUGAGACACUGUUCCUUGCAGUCUCCUACGUCGACCGCUUCCUGUCGAGCAUGUCAGUGCAGCGCACGAGGUUACAACUUGUUGGCACUGCCUCGCUUCUCAUCGCCGCGAAGUUUGAAGAGAUCUACCCUCCAGAAGUGACGGAGUUUGUGUACAUUACUGACGACACGUACACCAAGCAUCAGGUCUUAAAGAUGGAGCAAGUGGUGCUCAAGGUUCUCUGCUUUGACGUGGCUUCUCCGACAUCGUACGCUUUCUUGCUACGUUUCACAGAAGUUAGCAAGUGUCCAGACACGGUUACCUAUCUUGCCCAGUACCUGUGCGAGCUUGCCCUCAUGGAUGACGAGCCCUACCUCCAGUACCUGCCCAGCAUCAUCGCUGGUUCAGCGCUCUGCUUGGCCAACCACACCCUCAACAGGCAUCCAUGGGGCCAAGACCUUGUUGACUUCUCAGGCUACGAAGUGCAUGCUUUCCGGGAGUGCAUCCAUUCUUUGUACAGCACAUUCUGCAAUGCAUCUAGCCGUGAACAAAAGGCGGUGCACGAGAAGUUCAAGCACUCAAAGUUCAAUGCUGUUGCCCACUUGAAGCCUUCUCAAAUGCUGCCCUUCUAAGCCCCAGUGCGCGAUGGACCAUUUGUGAAGGAAGUAUUCGCCUGCAUGCAUUUUUUUCUGCUUCAUCGCUGGAAGCCCUUUCGCAUAUGGCGUGCAAUCAUCACCGCGCAAUUUGUCAUGACGUGUCUUGUAUCAUGCAGUGGCGAAAUACGGUCUAGUAAACUGCUCCAGACGACGAUGGUCUGGUGCAGUGGCAGUAUUAGUAUUUGUUGAUCUUUUAGUCUUUUAAUAUGCAAGUCUCAUUUUCUAGCCCGUCCUCGCACGUACUUCACCAUUUGCAGGGCUUGUGUGCGGGGUUGUUGAGGCUAAUCUUGAUUGAGGUUCCUGCAUUUUGCGGAACUAUAUAGCAUUGUCAUUUUUAUCCUGUACAUAGCUAUGAUUGUGACUCAAAAACAUUUUUUUACAUGACAAUAAAUGUCUGAAACACUUCA